CCUUGCCAGCCCCAAGAAGGGGCACGCGGCUGCGGGCUGCGCUCUCUCCGCGCGCGCGGCGCCGCCGCCUAUUGGUAUCUCCUUGCAAACCGCCCCCCCUUGUUGCUUUUGUCUUGGUUUUUUUUUUUUUUUUUUGGCUGAUUUGGUGGAGUUUCUGCCCCUCUCUGCGUCAGCCCCACGUAAUCAGCUCGCCGGCAGCGCCCGGGCUGGGGCUUGCAGCGCACGAGCCCGGGCUGCUUUAUUAUCAGGCGGAGGGAGGAGACGGGGCGGGAAGCCGCCGGCCCCGAGCCCCCCUGGCAGGUAGGAGCAGCCGCCGCCGCCACCUGCCCCCGCCGCCGGGCUCUGCAGCAUCCGCGGCGGCAGGUGCUGCGCGGGCGCGGGCGGUGCCUGGGGCCGGGCGCUGCUCCGCGCAGCCCAUGUGAGGCCGGGCCCGAUGCCACGCUGAAGCUCCGCGCCCAGGGAAGAAGGGGCCCAGCCAUGGGGCCGUGGCGAAGGCGGUGGCAGGGCCCCGGGCUGUGGGGCUUGUGCUGCCUGGUGCUGGGCUCCUGGCCGGGGCUGCUGGCCUGCCCCACGUCCUGCCGCUGCAGCGCCUGGCGCAUCUGGUGCACGGAGCCCGCGCCGGGCGUCGUGUCCUUCCCGCGGCUGGAGAGGAGCGCGGAGCGGGACAACAUCAGCGACAUUUACAUUGCAAACCAGCGGAAGUUAGAAAGUAUAAAUGACAACGAAGUUGGACUUUACAUUGGAUUGAGAAACCUAACCGUGGUGGAUUCAGGCUUAAAGUUCGUUUCUCGUCAGGCAUUUUUGAAAAACAUCAAUCUGCAGUACAUUAAUUUAUCCAGAAACAAGCUUUCAAGUUUAUCUAAGAAGCCUUUUCGCCAUCUGAGUUUGUCUGAUUUGAUCCUAGUGGACAAUCCAUUCAAGUGUUCCUGUGACAUUAUGUGGAUCAAGAUAUUUCAAGAGACCAAGUUUUCUAAUGCAGAAACUCAGGAUUUUUAUUGCAUAAAUGACAACAACAAGAGGAUAGCCCUGAUGGAAAUGCAGAUCCCAAACUGCGGCUUGCCUUUGGCAAACUUAAGCAGUUAUAACCUCACUGUUCUGGAAGGAAAUAGCAUCACAGUGUAUUGUGAUGCCACUGGAGUGCCACUUCCCAACGUAUCCUGGGCUUUCACUAAUCUUGUUUCAAACCACGAGAGUGAUACAAGUAAGAAUCCUGCCUCAUUAACCAUAAAGAAUGUUUCUUCUAAGGACAAUGGACUACGGAUUUCUUGUUUAGCAGAAAAUAUUGUGGGAGAAGACCAAGCUUCUGUUGAGCUCACGGUGUUCUUUGCACCAAAUAUCACAUUUAUUGAAUCUCCAACCUCGGACCACCACUGGUGCAUUCCAUUCACUGUGAAAGGGAACCCUAAACCCACACUGCAGUGGUUCUAUGAAGGGGCUAUACUGAAUGAGUCAGAAUACAUCUGUACUAAAAUACAUGUUAUCAAUCAAAGUGAAUACCAUGGCUGCCUUCAGUUGGACAACCCUACCCACUUGAACAAUGGAGCUUAUACCUUACUGGCAAAGAAUGAGUAUGGAGAAGAUGAGAAGCGAGUUGAUGCUCAUUUUAUGUCAAUGCCAGGAGAUGGUAGUGGCCCAAUCCUAGAUCCUGAUCUUUAUGAUUAUGAAACCACACCUAACGAUAUUGGAGACACCACAAAUAACAGUAAUCAGAUCACUUCUACGGGUUUUAUCAACACAGAGAAUGAAGAUAGCAUCACUGUGUAUGUUGUGGUGGGGAUUGCAGCACUGGUGUGCACUGGCUUAGUGAUAAUGCUCAUUAUUCUGAAAUUUGGAAGACACUCUAAGUUUGGGAUGAAAGGUCCUUCUUCAGUUAUCAGCAAUGAUGAUGAUUCAGCAAGUCCCCUGCAUCACAUUUCAAAUGGGAGUAACACUCCAUCAUCUUCUGAAGGCGGCCCAGAUGCUGUUAUCAUUGGAAUGACAAAGAUUCCUGUCAUUGAAAAUCCUCAGUACUUUGGGAUCACCAACAGUCAACUGAAGCCAGACACCUUUGUUCAACACAUCAAGAGACACAAUAUUGUUCUAAAAAGAGAGCUGGGAGAAGGAGCUUUUGGAAAAGUCUUCCUGGCUGAAUGCUAUAAUCUCUGUCCUGAACAGGACAAGAUCUUGGUGGCAGUGAAGACACUAAAAGACGCUAGUGAUAAUGCUCGGAAAGACUUCCACCGAGAGGCAGAGUUGCUGACUAAUCUACAGCAUGAGCACAUAGUGAAGUUUUAUGGAGUUUGCAUAGAGGGAGAUCCACUCAUUAUGGUCUUCGAGUAUAUGAAGCACGGAGAUCUCAACAAAUUCCUGAGGGCACAUGGACCAGAUGCAGUGCUGAUGGCUGAAGGUAAUCGUCCAGCUGAGUUGACCCAAUCCCAGAUGCUACACAUUGCUCAGCAGAUUGCAGCUGGUAUGGUUUAUUUGGCAUCACAGCACUUUGUGCAUCGGGAUCUUGCCACGCGGAACUGCCUCGUUGGUGAGAACCUGCUGGUGAAGAUUGGAGAUUUUGGAAUGUCCAGAGACGUGUACAGCACUGAUUACUACAGGGUUGGCGGUCAUACUAUGUUGCCCAUUCGUUGGAUGCCUCCUGAGAGUAUCAUGUACCGGAAGUUCACCACAGAGAGUGAUGUUUGGAGCUUGGGGGUCGUUUUAUGGGAAAUUUUCACAUAUGGCAAGCAGCCAUGGUAUCAACUCUCAAACAAUGAGGUGAUCGAGUGUAUUACUCAGGGCCGAGUCCUGCAGCGACCCCGCACAUGCCCAAAGGAAGUGUAUGACUUGAUGCUGGGUUGUUGGCAACGGGAGCCUCACAUGAGGCUCAACAUCAAAGAAAUCCAUUCUCUCCUUCUGAACUUGGCCAAGGCUUCUCCAGUCUACCUGGAUAUUCUAGGCUAGACGCUCCUAGCAUUUCCUCUUGGGCUGAGUGAAUGAAUAUGUUCAACUGCCGCCGAACUCCAUUACAAUGUGUUCUUAAUUCUGACAGUAUUAAUGACAAAGAUGCGGAGAAGCUUUCAAAGGGCAAGCAAUGUGCACUUCUCCACCUGUAGACACAGUAUUGACUUUUCAGACAUUACUGAGAUGUAUCUCGUAUCUCUUUCUCUCACACUUCUGUUUCUCUCAUUUUUUCUCUCUUCUCUCUUUCUAAUCAACCUGGCUUCUGCAUUAUUGUAUCUCUGCAUAGACAAAGGCCUUAAAAACCGAAUCUGUUAUAUCAGCAGAGACUCCAAUUUGCCCACCGCAACUAACAAUGCCUUGUUGUAUUUAUGCCUUUGAUGUGGAUGAAAAAAAGGGAAAAAAAUGACUCAAACUUUGGGACUUCUGCUGUACAGAUACUGGGAGUUUCUAUGGAUUCACCUCUACUUUUUUGCUUUGCCAUGUGGGUGGAAAAAGAUGACUGGUGUUCUCUAUGGGAAACAUAUUUCUAGCUGAGAUAAAGCCAGAUGGAAAGAAAACAGCAUUGCAUGAUCCACUAUAUGGAGGAACUGUGGGAUCAGAUGGUAUGCAACCCCACUAAAGACACUGAAAUAAUUUAAUGGAAGGAAGGAAAGGAGUUGGUAAGGCUCUGAAAGCCUUUCUGAGGAGUAAAGGGAUUGUUUAAUAAAGUGUGAGCUUGGCUAGCAUUUUCCAUCACCAGAUACAGUACAAAGGUCUGUGGAAAAGAAAAAAAAGAUGCUGCCUACAUUGCACAAGAUUACACAAUGAUAUAAUAAACUAAACACAACCCCCCAAUUUUGUCUUAUAGUAGAAAAUUGUGAUAUCAGUAUAACAAAUGUUCUCCAGUUAGCCUUUGGUCACACAGGCUUAUUAAUGUACAGUAUUAAUUUCAGGGUCCAGUAUUGAAGCUGAGGACUUUGAUAAGAUUAGGACAAGCUGUAGAUGCAGUGGCAAGUUUAUCUUAUACUGUGCUUGUCAGGCAGCAUAUCUCUACCCUUCUCCCUCCCCAUUCCCUUUCCCCUCACUGUGCAAGCAAAAUUGUGCAUGGUCUUUGUCUAUUAAUGCCCUUUGUGCAGAAACUAUCGUUCAUCUUGUUGUACACCCUGAUAGGCAUAGCAAAUCCAUAAAGGUAUAACAUAUAUUUAAUUAGAAAGAGCUAAUGGAGGUCAUUAGCUACGUUCAAGUGUCUUUACCUUGUUACAGAUAUGAUAGGCCGAUAUUACACAAGUAAUCUAAAACAUGGAAAUCAUAGAUUAUGUUUGAGCCAUGACAGGGGAUGAUAGUAUUAAGUCCCUGGAGACAACUAGAUGUGACUCUGUGGUUAUCACUUGCUAUUCAGAGUGUACAGACCCUGACUUCAGCACCACUUUCUGGUUGGUAUAGUGGUGCCAUUCCCAGCAUCCACUGUUUCUUAAUUUAUUUAUUUUUAGUUGGACAUGCAUUGUAUGUGUACAGCACAUGCAUGGCACUGUGUAGACGGCAAGCGCAUGGGCAUAUAUGUUAUUUUUCAAACAGAUGCUGAAGAUUUAAAAUUUAGAUUUAGGAUUAUUUUUAUUAUGAACUCUUACAAAUGGAAACCAAUCGUACCUAUUCCUCAAGAACAUUUUGCCUCCCUCUGUGAGGGGGCGUUAUUGCAAAAAAUUGACUUUUUUUUAAUAAUAUGAGCCAGAUCAAAGAGUAAUAGUUCUUCAUCUUUGUGUUGUGGUUAUUUUAUUUAAUAAAUUAAGCAUUUUUAUUUUUCUAAGUGUUCCCAUAACAUUUUUAAUAUAUACUUUGCUUGCAAUUAUUAUUUAUUAUGGCACUUUGUUUUUCCUUAAUAAGCUUUUAAAGCCAGUUCAAAAAGAUUUUGAACAUUUUUGGAAGUAAAACAAUUCACUGGAUAAGUGAUGAAGUUUAACCCUUCUCUCUGUCAGUGAAAAGAAGCAUUACAAAUAAACUUAACAAUGUAAUUAUAAAGCCAUAUUCAGUAUUUCUUUAAUAAACCAGAAGUUAUUUGUGAACCACUAUUGACAUGUAAAUACAAAAAAAAAAAAGAAAAAAGCUAGAGGAAGAUUGCUGUGAAAUGGACUUUUAAGAUUUUAUCAAGGCUGUCUUAGAAAUUCAGAGAGAGAGAGAGAAAGUCUGGUUAGAUGAAGACUGAACAUUCAGCAAAACCCAUUCUCAUGAGAGUCUGAGUUAUUUUUAAAGGAAACUUGAAAUUCAGUUUUGGUUUAACAGAAGGUAGACAAAAAGACUGAAAGCAACAGAGUCUACUGAGGCAACACUCUUAGUGUGAAGGGAGAGAGGGUCACAGGUUGAGAUGGGAAGGUGCCAAACUCCUUUCUGUUGUAUUCUGCCAUUGUUUCUUACAAAACCGUGCAUCCCCCUGUUCUCCAAGAUACUGUUCUGUUGGAGAGAAGGCCAUAAGCUGAAAGCAAAAAGGUGGGUUUUGCAAGUACUGAAAGAAUAUAUACCAAAAAAAAAAAUCUGCAAUUUGGCUUAGUGACAUCCCCUUUAUACCUCACGAGAAGAGUAUACUAGAGUUGUUAAGGAGAAAAUAGUGUGUAACAAUGCACUGUGCAAUAACAUACUAGUAAGUCAGACCUACAGGAACAAAUGUUCCAUAGAGCCAGAAGCAUGGAUGUACUUGGCCUCUCUCAUAAGUGUGGGCAGUAGUGUAUAAAAGCUAUAAUCAAAGUAGACAAGUUAUUAAGUAAAGUUAAAACAACUUUUUUGUUAAUUUAUGAAAGGGGGUGUAAUUGUAGCAGAACUAGCAGAAAGGAGGAAGAAUUACUUUCAGAUGGCAAUGAGGAGUGAGAGUAUAUGUACACAUUCGUUACGCUUGCAGCUUCAGCUAAAUCUUGUAAACUGAGCAAAUAUGACAAUCAGGCUCAUUAAAAAAAUCUUUCUGGACUAUGCUACAAACUGAUCAUAUAUAUAAUAUAAAUUAUAUAUAUGUAUUUACAUAUGGAAUGCAUAUAUACAUAGUACAUACAUAUAUGUAUAUGUGUGUUAUAAAGAUUUAAUUUAUACAUAUGCAGACAGGCAUAUACAGAAUAUAUGACUGUUUAUAUGUAUAAAUUUACAGACACAUAUUCUUACAAAUGAUAAUUAGGAUACAGUUUUAUUAAUAGGUUGAUAAAGUCUGCUAAAUAACCAAAAUUCAUUUUUUCUUUGAUAUUUCUUUUUCUAUGUUUAUAGGAUUUAUCUUUUUAACUUGGGUGGAGGAAAUACUAGAAUGCCAGAAAUAUAUAGAACAACCAACAUUUUUGUCCAAAAGAUUGUAUAAAAGCAGUCCUACCAUUCUCAUCUUAUCCAUUGAUUUCUCACAGGGAAAUUAACAGAUUGGCUUCAAAGUUCCAAGAAGAGAUUUUGAUUUACUAUCAUUUCUGGUUUGGGGGCUAUUGAUUUAUUGUUCAAGAGCAACAUUGCCAUUCCAUUGGCAUUUACACUUGUUGGAAGUAACAAAAUAAUUCCAAGAAUGAGCUGGAAUAUUCAGACUGAUAGAACAAUGGUGAGAACGUCCAAAACCCUGCAGUAAUAAUAGCAGCAGCUAGUACUGGGCAUUUUCCACAUUCUGUCCUUCACCCUCAAUAAAUCUGCAGGACUCAGCAACUGGCUGUGGAGAAGAGUAUUUGUAAAGCAACAGCACCCCAUGAUGCAUGAUGGAGUGUACAAGUUUUACAAAGAAGCUCAUUCAUUUUGAUUUGUAAACAAAUAUAUCUCUAUAUUGUCUACAGUUUAAUAAACAAUUGCCAUUUAUUUCUCUUUCUCUCUCUCUUUCUCAUACUCCUCUUUGGAGCUAUUUUUGUUAUGGUUGAUGUAGACUUUUACAAAACAAAAGAGAAAAGAAAUUACCCAACAAAAUGAUUGAGUCACUGGCUGAUGAAGUUACAAUGCACAUGCGUUAGAACAAGACUGUCUCUGGGUUGCUGCAGCCUGUAAAUGGAUUUCAGAUACUGCUAUCAGGAUACAAGGGGUGGGUAAGGGAGGCGUUGGGGUUUCUAGUUGAAGAUGAAGGUUUUGAUAGCACAGAAAGCUGUAUUUUCUUGUUGUCAGGGCUGGGAUGAACCACUGCUACUCUGAGUCAAGAGGUCUUUGAAAAGCCUUAGUUAAAACAUCUUAACAUCCUUUAUUUAUUUCUUUAUUUAUUUUGCUACAUUCAUCACAAAUAUGAAGCAAAAAAAUGUCUACGUGUUGCAGGGAAAACACUGUGAAUUUCACAACAACAACCAAGUGACUAUUUUGCCAUCUUUUUAGCAUACGUCUCAGGAGAAGAAAUGGGAAAUGAUGGGUAUCUUAUUUUACUGUCUAUGCAUUCUAGACCAGGUCUAUGGUGUUUUUUGUUCGCUUGUUGAAGGUUCUGAGCGAAGAUUGGCUGAAAUGUAUUUUAUAAACACAGAAUACCUUGGGCAAGCAUAGUAGAAGCUGCUUGUAAUGGGGCUGUUUGACAGGAAGAUGUAAGAAAACAAAAAUCAAAUCAGUUUUUUUUCAGAGGCCUAUACCUUGCAGCUUAAUGUAUCUUUCUGUAACUUAAAGAAACACAAAUGUUGAAUAAGCAGCUAAGAAUGUUUUAUAUACAAGUAAUUCAAUUCAAUGUGGAUGUUAAAUUACAUCACCAAUAGAGAGAGAAUCAAUUUACUAUAUACUUAAUAGUCCCAGCCCAGCUCUCCACCUAUACUUUAUGUAUAUAUUUCUAGAUAUCACUCUCUCUAUCUCUCAAGACCGAGAGGGAGAUAUCUACAUAUAAAUAUAGAACUCUAUAUUGUCACUAAAACUGUGACCUGGUGUUUAGAGCUAUCUUUCUCCUUUCUUUUUAGUUUUCUUUUUUUUAAUGUAAUGUCUCUGUGUAGCUAUUUAGUGGUUCUUGGGUUGCAAUUCGUUUAUAGAAAUCCAUUGCUUUAAAACAUCCAUUGCAUCUUGGCUGAUUUCAAAGUGACGCCUGAGUAUCAGUGUUAAAAAGUUUUGUUUGUGAAUCAUGUGACCAGCUUCUCUCAACAUGACAUGGAAAGUCUCUUGUACUACAGUGUAUUUAAUAAAAAUGAUGUCUUACAAUAAACAGUGUCAUCCAAAAGAA